AUGCAACAGUACGAGGCCAGUUGUGACAAGUUGUCUCGCUGGCUGGCUGAAGCCAAAGGUCAAACCAGGACGGCAGCUGAGCUGAAAUCAACCCUUGGAGAGAAGAAAGUACAACUAGAACGAUGCAAGGCUAUUCAGCAGGACAUUGCUUCCCACCAAAAGGACAUUGAUGUGCUGACUGAACAUGCUCAGAAACUUCUGGACAGAAACCCAAAUGGUCUUCAGCCAAUCAGUGAAGAGCUUCAGAUGUUCACUGACCAAUACCAGACAAGCAUGAACGACAUUAAGCUGGCCGUUGACAACCACAGCCAGUCUGUUGCAGAGCACAAGGAAUUCCAACAAGGACAGAGAGAGUUUGCCAACUGGCUCCGAGAUGCCAAGAACAAGCUAGCGUCCCUGACCGACACAUCAGGCAACAGCAAGACAGUGCAGAACAAGCUGGCUUCACUGGAGGAACUUCUGACUGCCAAAGAAUCAGGCCAGGAGAAGCUAGACUCCGCCACAGCCAGUGGGGGCAGGACUCUCCCGCUCACUGCAGCGCCUGGACAGGAGACUAUCACCCAGCAGUUACAGAAGGACCAGGAGGAGCUGGCUGCACUGACUGCCAGCCUGCUAGACUCCAAGGACAGGCUGAAAGAGUGCGCACAGCAGUGGGGCGCGUACGAGCAGAGCCAGAGUGAGGCGGACGGAUGGCUGAGGGAGAUGGAGGAACGGCUCGGGAAGGGGCUGGAACUCCAGCCUGGAUUGGAGACUAAGCAGGAACAAGUUGAGGAAUUGAAGGCACUUCAAGAAUCCAUCCAGAGUAGGCAGCCAGUCAUGGAGGCGGUGUCCAGACAAGCACAGGGUCUUCUUGAUAGCAGCGUUGGUAAUGUAGGCGUCGUCAGUGAGUCUACCAGACUGGCCUCCAGGUUCCAGAGACUAGUCAUGACAGCAAAGGACCAACUAAAGAAGAGCGAGCACAAUGCUACUGACCAUGCCCAAUACCAAGACACCCUGAGGGACUUCAACAUCUGGCUAGUCGCCUCUCAAGACACCUUAGACCAAAACUCUAGCCUCCUGGGUGACAAAGCGACCCUCCAAGACAGAGCCAAGAACCUGAAGGAGUUGGCAGCGACCAAAGCGACUGGACAGAACCUCUUACAAGCUCUUGACCACAAAACCGGAAAGACCUUUCCGAAUACGGCCGCAUCUGGGCACGAGGUCGUGAGAGGGGACACUAGGGCUGCUCACGUUGGCUUGGAGGAGCUACUGACAAGCUUGAGUCAACAGAGCCAGGAUCUUCAACAGUGCUUGACGCUGUGGGAUGACUUUGAUGAUCAGUGUUCCCAGGUGACCAAGGAACUUGGGGAAGUGGAAGCCAUCUUGGUCAGAGAACCUGAGCUGAUGCCAGAUGUGAAGCACAAGGAGCAACAGCUUGAGAAGUACAAGAGUUUGGCAGAGGAGGUAGCCCUUGAGAAGGAUUCCCUGGACUCUGUCUUGGCUGGUGCCAAGGAGCUCCAGAGACUGACAGGAGAAGAUGAAGUCAUUGAGAAGACCUCACAGAUGAUGGAACGCCACAAGACACUGAUGCAGGCUGCUCAGACUGCUGUUGAAACAACAUCUCAGAGAGCCGAGAACCACCAAGAGUACAAUGACCUCCACAGGGCUGUUUGUGAUUUGUUGGCAUCGACCAAUCAGGACCUGAAAAACAACAGCAGUCUUGCUGGCACCAAAGACACACUUGAACAACAGUUGACGAAUGUGACAGAAUUGACAUCCAAUCUCCCGUCUUGCGAGGACAAACUCCUGCAUCCCUCCCUGACCCUCGGCGCUCAACUCCUGACAGAGACCUCCCCAGACGGAUGCGCAGUGAUCCAUCAAGAACUGGAUCAAUCCAGUCGGGACUGGUCCAAGCUGGUCAAGGAGGCUGAUGACAUCAAGUCGUCUCUAGAGGGUGCUGUCCAUCAGUGGGAGGAGUACGAGGAGGAACAUGGGAGGAUGGUGCGAUGCCUUGAUGAGGCCGAGAGAGAGACGAGUCCGGAGCUGGAGUUGAAGAAAGAUGCGGUUGAGAAACAAGAACAACUGGAGAAUGUCAAGACUAUUCAUGAUGACAUCCUUAGCCUGGAGACAUCUCUCAAUGCCGUAGUGUCUAGCGCCAAUCCUAUCCUACACAACAACCCGAUGGAUUCCACUGUCAGUGGACAGCUGUCCCAGGCUAGGUCUCGCUACCAAGCAUUAGUCAACAACAUGAAGGCCAGAGUCAAAUUAUGCCAGGAAAGAGUCCAGGACCACGGAGCCUUCAAUCAAUCCUUGGAGGAAACACAGAACAACCUGAAUGAGAGAGAGCAGCAGCUGAGUCCUCUGAAGGAUCUCUCUGGAGACAGAUCGUCCAUUGAUGCUAAACUGGCAGCUGUGGAGAAUCUGGCGAGCCACCUGACUGAGUUUGAAUCCCAAGUCCAUCACGCCACAGACCAGGGUCACCACAUCCUGCCGCACACCUCCCCCGAAGGUCAAGAGGUCAUUCAAGGUCAACUCUCCGACCUUGCAACCUCGCUGACCUCCCUCACGCUCGGCGUGAAGGAUGCUGGGAAGGCGCUAGUGGAGCGCGUCCGUUGCUGGAGCGAGUACGAGGUCGCGGUGGAGGAGUUUGGGGAGUGGCUGGCUGAGACGGAGAAGACGUUGGCCAAGGAGCCGGAGAGGAUGGCUGACCUGGGAGAGAAGAAGAGCCAACUGGAGAGAUACAAAGCCCUUGAGAGUGAGAUUACAUCCCGAGGCAUGAGCCUCCAGGACACGGAGCAGAAAGCCCUGAAGGUCCUUGAGCAUGACACGGGGGCUGUGGACGUCCAAGGGAAGAUGGGAGAUGUGAGGACUCGCUACCAGGCACUCUGUCUGAGAUCCAAGGACACGACAGACACCCUCACACACAGUGUGACAGAGCACCAGGGGUACCAGGAUGCCCUACAGGAGGCAGAGAAGGCCCUACUGGACAUCUCUCAGCAGCUCACCACCCAGGGGGCGUUACCGGAGGGGGCUAGUCUGGAGGAGAGCCAGCAACAACUCUCACAACUCCAGGGUGUCAUGAGACAAAUCACUGCAUGCACUGCCAAACUAGACCAGGCCUCGGUGGCCGGUCACGCCCUCACCAGCUCCCCUCAGGCCACGCCCACACUAACCCAGCAUGUAGGGGCGGGGCUUAGAGCUGUAGAGGCGGGGCUUGAGGCUGUCAAUCAAAUGGCCGUUAGCAUACAGACACGCCUCCAGGAGGUGAUUAACCAGCAGCAGGUGUAUAAGGAGACAUUGCAGACUUGUGCUGACUGGUUGCAGGUUGCUAAGGAGGGGCAGGGUCUGGAUGAGGCUGACGGGGAGGCGGCUGUUGCCAUGGAGACAGAAGGGCUGGAAGAUGCUCAGAAUCAACUAAAAGAACUUCAAGUAAGAUAA